UGUUGACUGCUUUUUUCUCCCACAGCACAAAUGAUAAAUUAAUGUGUACUCUUAGUUUUGACAUAGUUAAUAACUAUGGUUUCGAUAACAGGGUUUGAAAGUGUCUCUCUUCGUGAUUGACAGUCCUGAAGUCUCAAUAUCAAACUGCCAAUCAGAAACAGCCUAAGAACUAGAAUAUUUUCUAAUACACAGCUGGGCUUUUUUUUUAGUACAAGCGAUGGAAUAUUCAGCGAACGUAUAAAUCUGAAUGUCAAGUUAUUGAUUUGUGGAGCAAAUGCCAAGCCCAGUUUAAUUCUUAUCAUCGAGUCUGAGUAUUAUUCAGUCAAGCUAUGAUGUACAUUUGCAUUGGUAAGGGAGCUUGUAGCAGAUCAAAUCGUAAGUCACCCGAAUAUAAUGACAUAUUGCCUAUCUCGCCUUCCAAAAUCCAACACAAAGUCUAUGAAAUGGCGAAUGAGGAGAAGAGUGAGAAGGAAUCGCACUGUAAUGGCGUAGAGCCAGUUGUUUUGACAGAUGGAUCGAUAGAGGUAGCAACGGUGAAGAAGCGCGACUUUUUAAGGAUGAAUUCGCUGAACUUGGAUCUCAACUCGAAUCCAAAACCUAUCGUAGAGUAUGAAAACAAGUCAAGCACUUUACCCAGACGGAGUCAACCUAAACAAUCCGAAGCACCGCCAAAGCCUCCGCGAGUAAUCCCACCUAAACCACCUCGCAUGAUGGAAAAGAAAAUAUUCGUCUGCGAAAACCCUCUUUGUCGUAAAGAAGAAGAGCUUUUGGGGAUAGUAGAGUUGACGUUCAAGUCUUGUUCGGCGUGUUUUACUCACUACUGCUCACCCGAGUGUAAAAAGUUACACUGGCCAGAACACAGAACAGUUUGUCGGUACGGUAGUAUUGAUUGUCAUAUGAAGUCUAUCUUACGUAUAUGCAAGCAUACUGCUCCUAUACACCUCUAUCUGUCAGAAGCCGCACGGAAUGGAUUUAUGGCUAAAGGACGUGGAGCGGUGAUGCUGAUAUUUCUUUCUCCGAAAGACGCAGAAUUGUUUAUUAAAACAGGGUUGGAGUACUUUAAACAUCGAAGAAACGCGCCUACUUAUUCAUCACUCAGCGAAAUUCAAUUAGUAGGGGCUUACACCAAGUAUCAAAAACUUCUACUUAAGGUGGUGGCCGAGUAUUCUACGGUACACGAAUUUGUUGUAAAUAUCGCCAUUGUCGUGGGAAGAGACUUACAGACCACCCCAGUUCCUAGGAACAAGUCUGCUGCAGUAAUAGAACAUUUGGUCGUGCCUUUACACUCAAAUCUCAACGCAAAAACAUUAAGUCCACAAGGAAGUCAAGACUAUGGCGUUUGUCAAUCGCAAAAACAAGAUAUCGAUAGUUACUUAGAGGCUAACGUACGGCGAAAAUCGCUUUAAAAACACAUUACAUCAACAACGUGCACGCCAUAAACAUUUAACAAAAUUUUACUUCAGGUAUGAAUAAAUUAUUUUCGAAGACAUAUAGAUUAUUUAUAGACUUGUCAAAAACAUUAUGGAUUGAAUAGCGUUUUAGGAAUACGAGUAUUGUGGCUUUUUUACUGCGAAUUGUGUGAAGGGUGAGUAAAAUGCAUGCUGAGGCUGUAAUUGUGGUUUCAUAGAGGUCGUUCAAAAGGUAUACAACGCAUUAAAAUGCUCUAGUGCAGUUCAAAUACAAUCCAUGCUGGGCUUCGGAACUACGAGAAACCUUAAUAAAACAGUAGUGUAUUGUAUUUGACCAUCUUUGGAACAUUUACAGCAUUGUAAUAGCGUUUUUAACACAUGAAACUCUAACAAACUUCCUUGAAGUGACUUAUUGAUCAUAGAAGAAAGUUUCGAUACUGUCUUGUUUACCAAAAUAAAUAUAAACUAUAAAGCUCAGCCAAAAC